CCUACUACUAUUGUCUAUAUUUAAUCAAUAGUAUAAUAUAUAAAUUUCUUUAUAUUUAUUAACGGUUUUCAUAGUUCGGUUCAUUAUUGUACUCUAGGUUGGCUUAAUAACCUGCAUCAUUAGAAGUUAUUAUAUUUAAUCGUCUUAAAAAAUAAGUGCAAUCCUUUUUAACUCUUCGUUUUAAAUAAUACUCGUCACUCACUACAUUUGUACAAUACUCAUCCAUUCUCAUCAUUACUUCGCACUCCUAGUGGAUAAAACACUCUCGACUGCAAUCUUUGGGAUCCAACAACAUCUCUUCAUUGAUUGUAGAUUAGGGUAAAUCGUGCGCCCUAGAAGAAGCAGAGCCGAGAAGAAUCCAAAAUCCAAUCUUCUCGCAAACAAAAAUAAUUAAAUUAAUAAAAAAAUAUAACAAAAAAGUUUAGUUCAAUCGACAAGUUAUCAUCCAGUUUCAUCAUCACGUAAAUCCGUACGUGUAAAUACGUUCCUUGGAACAAGAAUUCCUGACAACAAGAUAACCACAACAAGGGAAGGGACUAUUUAGACCGAUAGAUUACGAGUUAAUUUUCAUUUGAGUGACGCAAUCAUGAUGUCGAACGGAUUAGAUACCGGUGUUGUUGGCCAACAGAAUGGAAGCAGCGGCGGCCAAGUCGGCGGCGGACAGGAGGAGUCGAAGACCAAUCUCAUUGUAAAUUACCUACCCCAGACCAUGACCCAGGAAGAAAUACGCUCGCUGUUCUCGAGCAUCGGCGAAGUGGAAAGUUGCAAGCUGAUCAGGGACAAAGUCACAGAAAAUUCACCUAUAAUAUCAAAGUUGGCGAAUGGCACUGAAGGGCAAUCAUUGGGCUAUGGAUUUGUGAACUACCAUCGGCCUGAAGACGCCGAAAAAGCAAUCAACACACUCAACGGACUCCGAUUACAGAACAAAACGAUCAAGGUUUCGUACGCCAGACCGAGUUCUGAAGCUAUAAAAGGUGCGAACCUGUACGUGUCCGGACUGCCGAAGAACAUGACACAACAAGAUCUCGAGGCGUUGUUCAGCCCGUACGGUAGAAUAAUCACAUCGAGAAUCCUGUGCGAUAACAUUACCGAAAAUCAGAAAAUCGGGAUGGAUUUUAUGUCGGACGAUGAAAAAGAUAUUACCGACAGCUGCGUAGGCCUGUCGAAAGGUGUAGGUUUCAUAAGGUUCGACCAACGUUUGGAGGCAGAACGUGCCAUCCAAGAGCUGAACGGGACCAUACCGAAGGGAUCCACCGAGCCGAUCACCGUCAAAUUCGCCAACAACCCGAGCAACAACAACAAAGCCAUUCCCCCAUUGGCAGCUUACCUCACCCCUCAAGCCACACGCAGAUUCGCCGGUCCGAUCCAUCAUCCAACCGGAAGAUUCAGGUACUCUCCGCUGGCCGGAGACCUGCUAGCCAAUUCGAUGUUACCCGGUAGCGCAAUGAACGGUUCCGGAUGGUGCAUCUUCGUGUACAACCUGGCCCCGGAGACGGAGGAGAACGUUCUGUGGCAGCUGUUCGGUCCAUUCGGCGCCGUCCAGAGCGUGAAAGUAAUACGCGACCUGCAAACGAACAAGUGCAAGGGCUUCGGCUUCGUCACGAUGACCAACUACGACGAGGCGGUGGUCGCGAUACAGUCGCUCAACGGUUACACGCUCGGUAACCGCGUACUGCAGGUCAGCUUCAAAACGAACAAGAGCAAAGCCACAUAGAGCGACCCAUAAUGAGGCGACCCCCGGACAACGGCGCGUACGCCCCAGGUCCGCGACAGAUCGCCACUGUCGUCCACAUCCGUCACCCGCACCAAAAUGGUUUAAUUGCUUUUUAGUUCGUUUUGUUUAGUUUGGUUCGUUUUUUUGAUUUUUGGUCGUUGCCAAAAUGGGUCGUAUUUAGGUAAUUUUUUAUCCGACGAUGAUGACGACGAUGAUGUGGGCGUGACAGUCGUUCGUGUUGGGGAGCAUGCGGCCUGCGUGCGCAAGCGCACCUCCUAUUUCAUAACUAUUUAGUACUUAUUGAUAAAAAUAAAUGAUACGAAGCUAGUCAGAAGUGCAUUCGCGUUUCCUAAUAGCAAAACAUUUCUACGGUCUGAUGUUUUCUUUUUGUAUUAAUUUGUGCCAUCGCCGUUUUAUGUGUUUUUUUGGGAAAUGACCCAAAGAAAAUAGCUAAACAAUAUAUAUAUUUACAAAUAGUAUUUAUUAUACAUUUCGUAAAAAUUAUUUUGAUGUAAUGGUAGUCUAUUAUUUAUGUAUUUAUAUGUAGUUGUACGUGUAUUCUUAAAAAUCAGACUAGUCGCAUUGCUACAACCAACCAGGCAACAUCAUUCAAAAACCAAAGAAUUCAAUUAUGUUCUCCCUGUCAACGGUCAAACGUACAAAGCCCCACGGUCGUUGCGUAGUUAACGAAAUCUAGAAUUGACAAUUUUUAAUGAAUUUAUUCGAGACUGUACUUGAUAGAACCACCGUGACUUUGUACGGCGGUGACCGUUGGACGUCAGGGUGCGUCGAUGUGUAUUAGUUCCCUGGGCGGGUUGUAUAUAUUUUGUAUUUGUGUUCGUGGCCGGGCAACUGGAGGCGAGGGCGUCCACUCGCUUGUGAUAGCGUAGAUUUUAGAAAUUACUUUUAAUUCAUUCAUUUUAAUGGUGACCACAGUACACGGACAGAUCAAUUGACUGAUAAUUUAUUAUUAACGUAGCAAUUAUUAAUGAUUGGCGAACGCCCUCCACUCUGCAGUCCGGCCAUUAUUUUCUUAUUUGUGUGUUGUGUUUAGUUUCACGUUUACCAGAUAUUUCUAACACCUCAAGCUUUCAAGAGAAAUUGCGUGGUUUUGCUUUCUAUUUUCAAAAAAUAUUAAUGCCAUCCAAUCAAUUAACGACGGCAAUGCUUUGGCGAGACCACAACUCUCCUAUUCUCUUAUUAUUAUUAUUAUUAUUAUUAUUUUUCCUUUUUGUUUCAUUUCAUUCUAUUAUCUUGUUUAGUUUAAAUUCAGGCGAGGGUCACCCUACAGAAAGUUGAGCCUCGCCGCCUCUCAUUAUUUUAAUAUUAAUUUAUUAAUUUAGUUUUGAUGUUUUAUUGACUUAUAAUUAUAGUUUUGGUUUAAUUGAACUGAUUGAUUUCUGAAUAUAGAUUAAAGUUUAUUUAUAAUUUUCA